UUCCUUUCUCUUCAUGACUUCCUGCUGCUAUAGCAGCUCCUACUCCUGUUUCUGCUUUAGUUCAUUCUUCUACUCUUGUUACUGCUGGUGUUUAUUUAUUAAUUCGUUUAGACCAAUAUUGGAUACUUAUAAUUGUGGUUGAUUUUUACUUUUAAUUGGUUGUAUAACUAUAUUUAUGGCUGGAUUGGGCGCUAAUUUUGAGUUUGAUUUAAAGAAGAUUAUUGCUCUUUCUACUUUAAGACAACUUGGUUUAAUAAUAAGAAUUUUGGCUAUAGGUUAUCCAAAGCUUGCAUUUUUUCAUUUAUUGGCUCAUGCUUUAUUUAAGGCAUUAUUAUUUAUAUGUGCAGGUUCAAUAAUUCAUAAUUUGAAGGAUUCGCAGGAUAUUCGUUUUAUAGGAUCAAUUGUUAAUUUCAUACCUUUAACUUCAGUUUGUUUUAAUGUUUCUAGUUUAUCUUUGUGUGGAAUACCUUUUUUAGCGGGAUUUUAUUCCAAGGAUUUAAUUCUUGAGAUGGUUUGUUAAGAUGAAUUAAUUGUUUAAUUUUUUUCUUUUAUUUUUUUUCUA